CUCCCAGGGAACUCCUCUUUUCUGCAACGAGUUCGUUUCCUGAAGCCGAAGGGGAAACGAUGGAAUCAAGAAGGCGAUCGAAGACGAGGAUCGCCAUAAUCCACCCAGAUCUUGGUAUAGGUGGAGCUGAGAGGUUGAUUGUAGACGCUGCUGUCGAACUUGCUUCUCGUGGACAUGAUGUCCAUAUUUUUACAUCACACCACGACAAAAAUCGGUGCUUUGAGGAAACCCUUUCUGGCACUUUUCCAGUUACUGUGUAUGGUGAUUUCCUACCUCGCCAUAUCUUUUACCGCCUCCAUGCAGUAUGUGCAUAUCUACGGUGUAUUAUUGUCACCCUCUGCAUGCUGUUUAUGUGGCCAUCAUUUGAUAUCAUACUAGCAGAUCAGGUUUCUGUUGUUGUUCCGCUACUUAAACUGAAAAGGUCAUCAAAGGUUGUAUUUUAUUGUCAUUUUCCGGAUCUGUUACUGGCUAAGCACACAACCUUGUUGAGGAGGCUGUAUAGAAAACCCAUAGACUUAAUUGAAGAAAUGACGACUGGAAUGGCAGAUUUGAUACUGGUCAAUAGCAAAUUUACUGCAUCCACUUUUGCCAAUACAUUCAAACAUCUCAAUGCGCGAGGAAUUCGACCUGCUGUUCUUUAUCCAGCAGUCAAUAUAGAUCAGUUUGAUGAGCCUCAUACUCCGAAGUUGAGUUUUCUUUCCAUCAACCGUUUUGAAAGGAAGAAAAACAUUGAAUUAGCUAUUUCAGCCUUUGCUAGGCUUGGCACACCUGAAGGAGGCGGCAUUCUUCAAGAUUACAAUGUAGCUGAUGUUUCCUUGGUCAUUGCUGGAGGCUUCGAUAAACGGCUAAGAGAGAACGUUGAAUACUUGGAGGAGCUUAAGAAUUUAGCUGAAAGAGAAGGUGUAUCUGAGCGUGUUACCUUCAUCACAUCCUGCUCAACACUCGAAAGAAACGCCCUCCUUUCCCAAUGUCUCUGUGUCCUUUACACGCCGAAGGAUGAACACUUCGGCAUUGUUCCUUUGGAAGCCAUGGCAGCUUACAAGCCUGUUAUCGCAUGCAACAGUGGGGGUCCAGUUGAAACUAUAAAACACGGUGCGACAGGAUUUCUCUGUUCGCCUAAUCCUCAAGAGUUCGCUCUGGCAAUGGCGAAACUCAUCCAGGAUCCUGGGAUGGCAGCAAGAAUGGGGAGGGAAGCCCGACAACACACCGUCGAAUCUUUCUCUACAAAGAUAUUUGGCCAGCAACUGAACCAAUACCUUGUCGAUGGCGCUCAACUUAAGAGAGACUGAAACUACGCAUCGGAUCAGUAGCAAGUCGAUUCACCACUAGGUACUGCACAAACCUUUGAACGCUAACCUAUGGAUCAUAAAUUGGUAGAUUCAGACACCAUUUACAGAUUUUACAGCUUUGUUCUAUGUAUAUUUAUUGUGCACUGUUGGGUCUCAGUAGAAGAAGGUGUGAAUUAGCAUCAUUUGAGCAUGAUUUCCUUAGGUUAAGAACUCAUUUAGCGAUGUCACAGUAGUUUCCUAGAACUGGAAGAUAAAUCUUGAGAAUUUUGGUUGAGAUUUUUAGACGUUUCAGUGGAACAUUUUUUA